AUGGCGACAGAAAACGGAGCAGUCGAGCUGGGAAUCCGGAGCCCGUCAACAGACAAGGCACCAGAAGGUCCAGCAGAUGAGGGACCCUCAGCUGCAGAGAAAGACCCUGGCCCCUCAGACCCAAAGAAAGAACCUGAUUCAUCCAACUUGAAGAAAGAUACCAAAGCCCCUGCCUCAGAGAAAGGGGAUGGUGCUCUGGUCCCAGGCCUCAAGGAGGAUGGGGGUUCAGGUGGAGGGCCUGCGGAGGGCAGUGCUGGGCAGUUGGCCGCCUUGCCGCAGCCGACAGCAACCAUCGAGGCCAAUUCCAGGAAGCCCAUGGCUGAGCCCGGUACCUUGGGCAGCCAAGACCCUGGAGAACCUAAGGUGGCCAAGAAGGCAGCAGAGGACCUGACCUCAGCCAGAAGGGGCUUGCCUGCCUUCCUGCAUAGCCCCAGCUGUCCCGCCGUCAUCUCUAGUUCCAAGAAGCUGUUGGCUGAGAAGCCCCCAAGUGGCGCGUUGGACCUCGUCUUUGAAGGGGUGCCUGUGACCCCCAGCCCUGUGGGUGCAGGGCCAGCCAAGGUGGCAGAAGGAGGGGAGAACACCCCGGAAGGGGGUCAGAAGGAAGCAGGAGAGAAAUCCCAAGGCCAGGCUGGCCAGGCUAAGGUGCCAGGGGACACCUCGAGUGAGACCGCAUUCCAGGCUGGUCCUGCAGAGAGAUCCGAGGUGGGGCAGGCCCUCUGUCUCACAGCCAGGGAGGAGGACUGUUUCCAGAUUUUGGACGAUUGCCCGCCGCCUCCCGCCCCCUUCCCACACCGCAUUGUGGAGCUGAAGACCGGAAACGUCAACCGUGAAUUCAGCAUUAACUCCAAGGACGCGCUGGGAGGGGGAAAGUUUGGAGCGGUGUGUACCUGUACUGAGAAAUCCACCGGCCUCAAACUGGCAGCCAAGAUCAUCAAGAAACAGACUCCGAAAGACAAGGAGAUGGUGAUGGUAGAGAUCGAGGUCAUGAACCAACUGAACCACCGCAAUCUGAUCCAGCUCUAUGCAGCCUUGGAAACCUCCAAUGAGAUCAUCCUGUUCAUGGAGUACAUUGAGGGCGGCGAGCUCUUCGAGAGGAUUGUGGAUGAGGAAUAUCAUCUGACCGAGGUGGACACCAUGGUGUUUGUCCGGCAGAUCUGCGAUGGCAUCCUCUUCAUGCACAAGAUGAGAGUUCUGCACCUGGACCUCAAGCCAGAAAACAUCCUUUGUGUCAACACCACGGGCCAUUUGGUGAAGAUCAUUGACUUCGGUCUGGCACGGAGGUACAACCCCAAUGAGAAGCUGAAGGUGAAUUUUGGGACCCCGGAGUUCCUGUCACCUGAGGUGGUGAAUUACGACCAAAUCUCCGAUAAGACAGACAUGUGGAGUAUGGGGGUCAUCACCUACAUGCUGCUGAGUGGCCUCUCGCCCUUCCUGGGAGAUGAUGACACAGAGACCUUAAACAAUGUUCUGUCUGCCAACUGGUACUUUGAUGAGGAGACCUUCGAGGCUGUAUCAGAUGAAGCCAAAGACUUUGUGUCCAAUCUCAUUGUCAAAGACCAGGGGGUCCGGAUGAGUGCUGCCCAGUGCCUAUCCCACCCCUGGCUCAACAAUCUGGCGGAGAAAGCAAAGCGCUGUAACAGACGCCUCAAGUCCCAGAUCUUGCUUAAGAAAUACCUCAUGAAGAGGCGCUGGAAGAAAAACUUCAUUGCCGUCAGCGCUGCCAACCGCUUCAAGAAGAUCAGCAGCUCGGGGGCACUGAUGACUCUGGGGGUCUGA